CCAUCUUUAAUUUGCUGUGUGCAGUCCCAUGUACCGCAACAGCCCAAUACCGCUUUAUGCGCCAGUUGUAAUACGCUCACUGUGCUGUCGUCAUUCGUCAUUUAUCACAACAAAACAGCGUUCUGAUGCGGGAUCCUUCAAACGACAGCCUACUAUCGAUUUCUUGCCUGAUUCGAUCAUCGACUACGUAAGUUCCUGCAAGAAAGGGGCUUUGCUGAAAAAUGUACGGUCCAUGCAGGAAAAAGUUUCUGGACGUUGCGCCAGAGCAGAAUCGGAAGCUUCUGGAAUCGUACAAAGUGUGGUAAAUGCGGCUUGGAUAUUUGUAUAGAAAAGCGGCUCCAUGUCGGAAAGUCGUGGAAGCAAAAGAUUUGCCUCUUCUGCGAGGUCGGAGGUGUCAGAUGAUGGAGGAAAAGAUGAAUCGGAAUAUCUUUCUGUGCCUUCUGGUGCACUCCAUGUACAUUCGCCAGCAAUGACCCUGAAAGAAAAAAAGAUCGGACACCGGCGUGUUGACCAAGCUGGUAACAUUACGUAUAAGAAAUUUCGAUCCAAUGAACUGAUCAAGUGCAUUCAGACCGGCAUUCGGCAUUCCGUCAGUAAGCUGGCAUCCAAACCGGAGCGUGAUCUGCUUAUGAAGGAUUUCAUUGUGGUCGAGAAAGUCUUUCAUAAAAAAGAAGGCACAAUUUCCACUCCGGCGCACGGCUUGAAUGAUUUUACAUUCAAAACCUACGCACCAAUAGCAUUCCGUUACUUCAGAGAACUAUUCGGAAUUGCGCCGGACGACUACAUGUUGUCGCUGUGUGAUCGGGCCAUGAUUGAGAUUUCCAAUCCCGGUGCAAGUGGGAGUAUCUUCUAUUUGACGGAGGACGAUGAGUUCAUUCUCAAGACGGUUCAGUUUCGGGAGGCCGAGUUCCUGCUCAAACUCUUACCUGGUUACUAUAUGAAUCUCAAUCAGAAUCCCCGAACUUUAUUGCCAAAGUUUUUUGGGCAGUAUUGUUACCAAUCUCUCGGGAAGAAUGUUCGAGUGAUCAGCAUGAAUAAUCUCUUACCGCGCAAGGUGAAGUAUCAUCAGAAAUUCGACCUGAAAGGUUCAACUUACAAACGGCAAGCAUCGGAGCGCGAGCGCCAAAAACAAGUGCCCACGCUGAAAGAUCUGGACUUCAUGCAGCUGUAUCCCGAGGGUAUAUUUCUGGAGGCGGAAACCUAUGACCUCUUGGUGCGGACCAUCCGCCGGGACUGUACAGUACUGGAGAGCUUCAAGAUCAUGGAUUACAGUCUGCUAAUUGGGAUUCAUAACAUCGAUGUAGCCCAUAAGGAAGAAGAGAAUAUCCGCCGGGAAAGCUUGAAGAACGCUGAAGUAUUGUCGGGCGCCCUGUUGAGCGAACCGCCGCCGCCGACUGCGAGAACCGUGUCCCCGUCGCAACCCAGUUUAUCCCCACGGGGAUCCAUCUUCCGCAGCAGUAAAAGUGUUGUUGUGCAGGAUAACAUCAAUAAACACCGACCUGAUCGACCUCCAUUAUUACGGACAAAGACCAACCGCGAGCGGUUCGCAGCCAUUGUGCAAGAUCCAACGCCAGCACGCACCCAACUUUAUUCAAGAAUCCAAGAAGCAAAUCUCGACAGUAGUCAGAUCAUUUUGCCUGAUGGUGUCCUGGCAUGGAACAGCAAAGGCGAGCGAAUGCUGCUUUUUAUGGGAAUCAUUGACAUUUUGCAGUGCUAUAAAUUGCGAAAAAAAUUGGAACACACGAUGAAGUCAGCAGUAUUAGAUGGGCAGACGAUAUCCGUUUGCCACCCGGCCUUUUAUUCGAAACGAUUUCAAGAUUUCAUGGCGGAAAAAGUAUUCCGCGUUGUGCCGGAAGGAAUGUUUCCCGCGCACGCCACAUCGAGCAGCUCGUUAAACCGCGAAGACAAAGGGACCAAUCCGCUAUCGACGGACUCCUCACCCGAAGAUACGGCAAUAAAACGGACAGUGGAGCCGAGAAAGUCCGCCAGAUUCGCUAAGGGCAAACCAAGCAUUAUCAACAUGGCAUCGACAUCCAUGGAAAUGAUGGACAGUGAUGAAGGUGUGAGUUCGACCAAUAAGAUGACCCGAAUAACCGGCCCGGUGGUUGAGAAGACUGCUUCGCUGAAUCUAAAAUCAAAUUUAUCUUCCAAGGCGCCUGAUCUCAUUUUGGACGCUGCCAAUGCUGCCUCCAAUAUGUCAUUAAGUUCCCCUAAAGUUUCUGUGAAUGCUGUUGUGACACAAUGAAAAAAUUUGUUUUCUUUCCUGUCUGCCGCAUUUUGACGCUAUAAUACAUACGUUCAUCUCAGUUGUCUGUCUUUUGGACAGUUAAGUGUCGUGAUAAUAAUUGAUAUUUGAAGGUUGAGUUUUAAACAGUUUCUGCAAUAAA